UGUACACAAGUCAUGCAUUUAAGACAAUAAGCAGCUCAAGAAUAACUUUACGCACGAGCUAAAGUGAGACAAAAAGAGCUACGAUGAGAGCACAGAUUCAGAAAGCUCCAGCACAGAUCCUCGAGGUGCUGAAGAAGAAGUCGGUCGGUCUGCAACACUGCAAGCCAACAUCCUCGGUAUGUGUGCUGGACUCGAAAGAUGCUGUGCCUUGCCCUGAACACACUUUCCAGUCCAUCCCAGGACCAAAAAACUGGCCCCUGCUGGGGAACCUGAUUGACAUCCUACGUAGAGGUGGUUUAGAAAAACAACACCAGACAGUGAUUGAUUACCAUCAGAAAUUUGGCAAAAUCUUUCGGAUGAAAAUGGGCUCGUUUGAAUCAGUGAACAUUGGGGCUCCUUGCUUGCUGGAGGCACUGUACAGGAAGGAGGGCAACUAUCCCCAAAGACUAGAAAUUAAACCAUGGAAGGCAUACAGAGACAUGCGGGACGAAGCUUACGGACUUCUUAUCUUAGAAGGAAAAGACUGGCAGAGAGUGAGAAGCACAUUUCAGCAGAAAUUUAUGAAACCAACCGAAGUUGUGAAACUCGAUGGGAAAAUUAAUGAGGUUUUAGCUGAUUUCCUUAAUAGGAUUGGAGAGGUUCGUGUGAACGGGGAGAUAAACGACUUAUAUUUUGAACUGAAUAAAUGGUCAUUUGAAACUAUUUGUUAUGUGCUCUAUGACAAACGAUUUGGGAUUUUGCAAGAAAACGCCAAUGAGGAGGCAACUGACUUUAUCACAGCGAUAAAAACGAUGAUGAACAUGUUUGGCAAGAUGAUGGUGACUCCAGUAAGUCUCCACAAGAGUCUGAAUACAAAGACAUGGCAAGACCACACAGCUGCGUGGGACUGUAUUUUUAAUACAGCCAAAAUCUACAUUGACAAGAAGUUGAAGAGACACUCAAGUGGAGAAACUGAUGGCUUUCUCAGUGAUAUCUAUCAAAACUGUCCCCUCACCAAGAAGGAGAUGUAUGCAGCUAUAACUGAGCUCCAAAUUGGGGGUGUUGAGACAACUGCCAACAGUGCAUUGUGGGCUAUUUUCAACCUCUCACGGACCCCUCAUGCUCAGGACAAGCUGUUAAAGGAGAUCAGAGAAGUGGUGCCUCCUGGACAGGAUCCAUGCGCUGAGCAUAUCAAGAGCAUGCCAUAUCUCAAGGCAUGUCUGAAGGAGUCCAUGAGACUUUCACCCUCCAUCCCCUUUACAAGCCGAACUUUGGACAGAGACACUGUGCUUGGGGACUACAGUUUGCCUAAAGGGACAGUUUUGAUGAUUAACACUCAGGCACUGGGAUCUAAUGAGGAGUACUUUGACAAUGGGAAACAGUACAUUCCAGAACGCUGGCUGGAGAACAAAACCUCUAUCAACCCUUUUGCCCAUGUACCUUUUGGCAUCGGCAAAAGGAUGUGCAUUGGCCGGCGCCUAGCUGAGCUACAGAUACAACUUGCUUUGUGCUGGUUAGUUCGUGAUUAUAAGAUUGUAGCAACAGAUUAUGAGCCAGUGGAAGCCAUACAUACUGGAACACUUGUGCCCAAUCGAGAACUUCCUGUGGCUUUCAUCCGGCGAUAAGAUAGCGUCAAGAUCACGUGAAAACAGAAAACUCCAGAGCCUUUGGGUCAGAAGUAUUCAGAAGGCUUGAUUUUGCUGCUACUCCGCUGCUAAACAUCAGAAUGUAUUGUACUGAUUAGUUAAGAUAUACCUCAUAUAAUUAAUCUUUAUCUUAUAGAUAGUCAAAAAAUGUAACAAAUGAACAUACAGUAUAUUCCAUGUGACAUUGUACUUUAGAUUAAUCACUACCUAUCAGUUUAGAUGACCAAACUGAUAUCAAUUUCAUAAUGCUGGUGUCAUUCUAGCUAUAAAAGAAUUCUUUUGUAACUUGACAUUUAAAAUACCAUAUUUUCUGUACACCAAAAUUCUUCAAUGUACUAUAGCCUUACUAAGUGUAAAACUGUGUAAACUUUGUUAAAGUUGCAGCAUCUGCAAAUAGUGGUUUUAUAUAUGCUGAUGAUAAAAUGAAGUAUAUUUCGAAGCUAAUAAUAUUUAUACAAAACUAUUACAAUGUUAGCAAUAUAUAUAUAUUUUUAAAUGUAUCUGUAACAUCUUUGGGAAAUAAAUAAAUUAUAAAUAUAUACAAAAAUGA